AUGGCGAGGCGUUUUCAGGAUGCCGUGGUCUUCAUUACUGGGGCUACCUCUGGACUGGGAGCACAGGUCUGCGAGCGAUUUUUAGGUGAAGGCGCCAGAGUAUUUGUUACGGAUCUGGAGGAGCGAAAUGCAUUGCAGCGAUUUGGUCCGAACGCUCACUUCCACCAGUGUGAUGUCUCAGAUCCAAAAUCCUGCUUCGCUGCUAUCGAUGCUUGCAUCGACAAGUUUAAAAGAAUCGACGUCCUGUUCCACAAUGCAGCAAUGCUGAGUCCGAUUGUCCCGGUGGCUCAGCACGACGUCGAUAUUUUCAAUAAGGUCAUCAUGACCAAUCUCUGCGGCGCCUUCUAUCUCGCCAAAGCUGUCAUUCCCCACAUGAAGACGACAGGAAAGGGAGUCAUCGUGAACACUGCCAGUAUUUCCGGCAUUGGUGGAGACUAUGGUCUCUCUUCCUACAAUGCUGCGAAGGCUGGCUUGAUCAAUCUCACGCGCACCAUCGCCCUGGACCAUGCACGGGACGGAAUUCGCGCAUUGACAGUGUGUCCCGGGUUCAUGGAUACUCCAAUGUCGGAAGGGACGUUAAAGAAUGAAAAAUUGAGGGAAGAACUGUUCGAGAGCAUCCCCAUGAAUCGUGGAGGGCACCCGAACGAGGUAGCCCAACUGGUCCUUUUCUUGGCUUCAGACGAAGCAUCUUACAUUACUGGACAUCCUUUUAUCGUCGACGGUGGAUGGAUCGCCCGUAACCCAAGCCCAAAUUGGUGCAAGUACAUUGGUGUAGCCUAG